AUGCCUUUAAAUGCUCUCAGUGAGAAUAGGACACGAAUCUUUACUUGUCGCUCAUCUCGCGGAAGUAACCCAGUGGCAUCGGUACACUGGAAAUUGUUAACCUCUGUGGAUUAUAUCACCAGUAUCCCAGUCAGCAAUAUCUCCGUUCCAAUUAAUCGACGCACAUUAGACAGUCUUCUCUCAGGAACCAAUGAAGAUCAUACAUUUAAUCCUGGUGAAAUAGCUGAUUUUGAUUCAAAAUUGAUGGAAUCGCAGUCGAAAGUUGACCCAAUCAAUUACGGAUUGAUAGCAUUUUCUGAAGCCACACUUGUUAGUCGGCCGUGGUACAAUGGAGCCAGAGUCAGUUGUCAGCUAAUUUGGUCGCCUAAAGAAAACAGAAACUUGACUGCAGCGCACACGAAUAAAACUUCUUCCAGCCAAACAGAGUACAGCAAAUCAGUUUACCUCAUCACUGAAGUAAUCUUCGCUCCAACAGCAGUCAGUCUUAGUGCGAUUCCUCGUAACGGAAUUCAAGAAAAUAGCGGUCAACAGCUUCUUGAAUGCAUAACGACGUCUGCUAUUCCUGCGGCUCAAAUUACUUGGUAUCGUAGGAAACCAGCAUAUAAUUUGGGGCCGACAAGUAGCACUACUUCAACCAUGCAUCUGCAGCACGCAACAGCUGAAGAUCCUUUGCAAUUGACAAAAGAAGACAUUUUGAUUCAGAAUGGAGUAGCAAUGGAGAAACUUCCAGGACUGUACGGUGGCAAGCGAGUGGUCAGUCGUCUCCACUUGUCAAACAUCUCGCGCAUAGAUGAUGGAGUGGUUUACAUUUGUAAAGUCACUCACGUUGAAUGGAUUCGCAGCAUUGGCAGACUACAUCAGUUAGCAGUGUUAUUUCCACCUUCUUUAUCAAUCGAAAUCACUCCGUCAAAUUGGAAACGAAGAAUAGGCAGCUCUGUCACAUUACUGCAUUGUAUCGCUGACGGCGGCCGUCCAAAAUUUCCAGAUCAUUUGGAGGAACAUCUGUCUGAAGUUCCUAGUCCACAACGGCAACAAUUGUCUUUGAGGAAAGUACAUGGCCAAGACCGAAACUUACCAGUUCUAGAUACGCAUGAUGAUUGGAAGUUCACGUGGUUUUUUCGUCCCUCAUAUCCAAAACAACCGGUCUCUGCUUCGGUGUUGAUCAAUAAUAACUCCUUGCAAAACUUUGCGUCCGUUGGUGACAUGGUCAGAACAUCCGAUAAGAAUCCAUCAUUGUUGAUUAUCCGGAAUCCAGAGAAGAGUAAUGCCGGCGCGUACACCUGCCGCUUGGAUGGCCCUGGUGGGAUGGUCUUCAAAACGACCCUUGUAACUUUUGCCUUUCCCCCAGAACUAGUCCCGUCGGGAGCAACAGUCUUCACAGCGCCAACUGGCUUUAGGGCUGUGUUAGAACUUCAUGUAUGGGCUUUUCCGCACCCGCUCAUAAACACACCUAUGCUCGAAGGAUACAGAACACCCAGGCGAGAGAAUUUCUGUGAAAUACGUCAGAAUGCAUCCAACCAUCGCUCAACAAGUCUUAAUUAUACAUGGUUCAAAGUUAUCACAACUGGCAGUUGGCCCAAUGUGCAAAUCACUUCUCGGAAGCAGUUGACUGCGUCAGACAGACAAUACACUCAGAGUGACACAAUGCCCCAGCAAGAACGUAUAUGGAGUGAUGUGGUUUUGGUAAACCUUGCAACUGCCCAGUCGCGAUUACUGGAUACCAUGGUUUAUCGUCCUCAGAGUGGAUUCAUGGCGAGUGAAAAUGAAAUGAAGAUACCGACACUAGUGUACCGAUUAUUCUUCCCAACAGUUACUGCAGAAGAUCAUGGUGAAUAUUUAUGCGAAGUGGAGCAUAUGCUAGGAAAGAAAGCAUUCUUGGUUAAGUUGCAGCCUCCAGGUGCGUGGAAACGUUUUAUCCAAAGUUAA